UAAAUAAUUUAUUUUUCUAGAUUCUACAAUAAAAACAAUGUCAGUGUCUCAGGAUAGAGAUAGUACUGUAAUUUCUGAAACAAUAACAACUGCUCGUGAUGAAUCACUCUACACCAGCAUCAAGGAAGACAUAAAGACAGCCAGUCUCGAGAGUUCGCCAGAGGAGAUUCACCGACGAAUGAUGAAUGACAAGUCUAAUAUUAAGAAUCAUAACCGAAGUGGUAGCGAAAGCUCUGUCAUGGAGGAUAUUCAAUCAGUGUCUAGUGCUGAUGAUUCUAAAAAGAUGAAUGAUUCAAGUGAUGACACCAUGACACACAGCUAUGGUAACGAGACCUUUUGAUGACACAGCCACUGCAUCCAAAAAGACAAGCAAGAGUCAGACCACAUCCAAGUCUCCUCUUGAGAAACUAAAAAAAUACAGAGGCCUGUCCUCCCCUGGAAGGUCACCUAGGGGUUUGUUUAGUUCCAGAAGUCAUUCUCGAAACUCCGAGAGCGAGUCCGAAGAUUCAUUUUCGCUGAAUGAAUCGCAGUCCGAGUUGAGUGACUUUGAGGGCAGAAUACGGGCUUUGAAUGAAGAACUGAGAAAAAGGAAAACUGAGGCCGAUAAGUUAAAACGGGAGAGAAAGAAGAAAAAGAAGGAACUGAUGAAGAACAAAGAAGAAACUUUAAAGAAACAGAUUGAG